UCACAAAUCACAAACAUUGUAUAGAUUAUAACAAAUACUGAAGGGAACACUUUUAGAAAACUCGUCCUUUCCCUAUGAGAAGGCAUGGCUGACAGCAAAGAGUUAACUGCCACUCUUCUUAAGAGGGGAGGGAAGCUACAGAUGUCAUCACAGAGUUGCUCAUUCACCUGUGGCUAGGCAGAACUACAUUAUUCAUACUGUUUACAUAGGGUAAAAUGGCACCUUAUAAAUAUGACUUGAAGUCACAUUGAAGCAAGUAUUCCUAUGCGCACGCUUGCUUGGGCACACACCCUGCUCUGGCAUGAAUUUGUCAGUAUUGUGAGAACUUUAUUACAGAUAAGGCUGGCCGGCAAUGACCAAUAACCUCGCCUUACACUCAACCAAUCAAGCCAGCUGAGGACUCCCUCACAACUGUCAGAGCAUCAGACAGAGCUUCGACCACCUGAAAGUGUUUGAGACACGGCUCCAGGCAUCCUAAUGACCCUCUCUUUGACACAUCACUGCCUCAUGACCUGAGGGCCACCUUCAUCUGUUACAACCUGACGACUGCAACAGCCAACCAGAGAGGACCACUGAGGUAAAGCCUACAUAGACUCAUCCACCACCAGAGGAGCUUGGGACUUGGGCUUCUGACUAACCGGUAUCUGUACUGUGACUCACUGUGGAACUCUUCCGCACUUUGACAAGAAGACAGUCCUUUGACUGACUCAAAGACAGAUAUCCAGAGUGACAGUCUAUCAGCUCAGACAGCAUCAGCAGCCUACACCUCUGACCAGUUUUCUCCAGCACUGUUGAAGCUAUGGGGAGUCCAGGCUGUGACCACGUGGGGAGCACAGUGCCCCUUCCCCUGAUGAGUUUCAGUGACUACUCCCACAGUGGGUCUGCCCUAAGGGCCUGGGAGGAGGAGGAGGAGGACACCAAGCCGCCCCGGGGACUGAUAAGUGUGCCUAAACACACCGCUCCUGAACGCAGUCUGCAAGGGGUCUUCCUGCCCUGCUUCGACAUGCUCCUCACUGAAAACAGCUCGUGGCUGUUGAAGAAGUCUGACGCAGCGCCCCCUGUGCUCCCCUGUAAGGCCCUGGAGCAGUGCCCUGUCAUCAACAGCCAGGGCCUGGGGCUCCCCUCUGGGCUAGAGGGACAGGUUGAGGAACGCUGUCUGGAGCAGGUUCAGAGCAUGGUGUUGGGAGAGGUACUGAAGGACAUAGAGACUGCCUGCAUACUGCUCAACAUUACUCCAGACCCCAUGGAGUGGAAUUGUGGGAACGUCCAGAAGUGGCUGCUGUGGACAGAGCACCUGUACAGACUACCCCAGGUGGGCAAGGUGUUCCAGGAGCUCAGUGGAAAGGAUCUGUGCUCCAUGACAGAGGAGGACUUUAGGCAGCGCUCAAUGCAGUGUGGAGACCUGCUGUACGCUCACCUGGACAUCUGGAGAUCAGCUGCAUGCAUAAAGGAGCCCUGCACACCAGGAGAUAACAGGUUACAUAGUGCUGAGGAGUCGUGGCCAAAGGCAGACUCCUCCUGCUCAGGCCAGCCCAUCCACCUGUGGCAGUUUCUUAGAGAGCUGCUCCUCAAGCCGCACAACUACGGACACUGCAUCCGCUGGCUCAACAAGGAGAAAGGAAUCUUCAAAAUAGAAGACUCGGCUUAUGUGUCCAGGUUAUGGGGCAUCAGGAAGAACCGUCCAGCUAUGAACUAUGACAAGCUGAGUCGCUCUAUCCGACAGUACUACAAGAAGGGCAUCAUCCGUAAGCCUGAUGUGUCCCAGAGACUGGUCUACCAGUUUGUCCACCCUGUAUGAAGCUGUGGGGCAGCCAGCCAGAAGAGAAGAUUAGUGUUGAUGAUGACUGGAGACCACUAUCUAGCCAAACAGGUUUUGGCAAAAGGAUUGUUUUAGCUCCAGCAACAAAAUGUAUAGACUGCUUCCUGCAUUGUGCACUCCUGCCUAAUUCCAAUAUUAUUAGGUAAACUGAAUGGAUAUGGGGUUUUGUUAUUUUUUUAUUGCCACAUUGCAUUAGAUAUGCAAAGUUUUACAUUUCAAAUAUUUUCAAUACUAAUUGUCCAAUAUUUCAUUUUCACAAAGGUCAAAGCCAUAUGUCUGUAUUCUUUUUUUCUCUGAUUGUGACUUCACAUUACUGUAACCACCAGUAUUUACUUUUUAAGGUGGUUCCUCUUUCAUUACCAUUACACAAUGUCCCUCGGAUAUAAAAGCAUUCGUACAGUUCAUGGCAUUUUGUUACAUGCCGGGUGAAUGUGUGCACCAAUGUGUUUACUACUGAUCUGUAGUGGUAUUCUCAUGUAUGGGGCUCUUCAUGAGUCACAAGUAACCACAGCAGUUAAUCACACAGAUCUGAUGUUUACGUUGGUCAUUUCAUUUAAGUAUAGAGAAAUUAUUUGACUCCGGGGCCCGUUCACUGGCGGAAGAAUCGAGCCUAAUUGGAAUUUGUGAAUACAGUAAACUACUGUAAUAGAAGCAUUUCAAUAUCAUUGCCACAUUUCAAGUGCUAGAAUCCAUAUGUAGAGACAAAAACCAGUGAUAGAAGCCCUGUUUAUACCUGGUUCUAACAUGCUGCCUUUGUCCUGAUCUUGUCCACAUUCUGAUUGUGCCCACAUUUUCAGACAAGUGAAGACGAUUAAAAGAAACAUUGUGAUCAAAUCUUAUAAGUGUAAACAGGCAAGAUCAAGUCAAGAUCAUGACGAAGGACGCGUGUUAACGGCAGGUAUAAACAGGGCUAGAGAUUAGUGACUGAAUAAAUACUGUCCACAUGUUAGAACAUAAUAUUGAAUAUUUAUAAUGAGAGUGUGAGCAAGAUGUCGUUUGCAAAUAUUUAGGUAUAAUGACCUAAAGCAUACGGUAUAUCCUUCUAUGUGUUUACAUACUGAAUGUGUCUAAAAUAAAAUGACACAAUAAUGUG